AUGGAGACGGCGGAAGGAAGAAACCAAACGCCCAUCUCAGAAUUCAUCCUCCUAGGGUUUGGGAACGGCCCCGAACUGCAGCCCCUGCUCUUCAUGCUGUUCCUAGUGAUCUACCUUGUGACCGUGGCUGGGAACCUCCUCCUCUUUGUGCUAGUUGUGACUGAUCGGCACCUUCACAUCCCCAUGUACUAUUUACUGGGCAACUUGUCCUGGUUGGAGACCUGCUACAGCUGCACCAUCCUGCCCCGGCUUCUGGACAGUCUCCUGACUGGGGACAGAGCCAUUUCCAUUAAGAAUUGUUUUGUGCAGUUGUAUCUCUUUGGCGUCCUGUCCUCUACAGAAAAUAUGCUGCUUGCGGCCAUGUCCUUUGACCGGUACAUAGCCAUCUGCCACCCUCUCCGCUACACUGCCCUGAUGAAUGGCCGGGUGUGUUGCUGGCUGGUGGCCGGGGCGUGGCUAGGUAGCUUUCUUCUCAGCACGAUAGUAGACAGUUUGUUGUUCCAAUUAACCUUCUGUGGUUCCAAAGAAAUCGACCAUUUCUUCUGUGAUUUUGCACCCAUCAUAAAACUGUCCUGUAGCGACACCCGGACUCUGGAGCUGGUAACCUUUGUUGUCGCUGCCGUAGGGUUCACUGCCCCCUGUCUACUGCCCCCAAUAUCCUAUUUUUUCAUCAUCUCCACCAUCUUGAGGAUCCCGUCCUCCUCCGGCAGGAAAAAGGCCUUUUCCACCUGCUCAUCCCACCUCAUCGUGCUGGUAGUUUUGUAUGUGACCACGAUCACCGUCUAUCUGGUCCCCACAGCCAACACGCCCAAAGUCGUACACAAAAUAUUCUCUGUUUUCUACACAGUCCUGACUCCCUUGAUCAACCCCGUCAUCUACAGCGUGAGAAACAAGGAGGUCAGCGAGUCCCUGAGAAAAGCCCUUCUGAAACUCUCUGAUUUUGGAAACAGGCAUAGAAUCUGA